AUGAGUGCAUUCUUCACCGAUAAAUCAAGUGACAUUGUACGUUACAAGCAAUUAGAUUCUAACCUGAGAGGUUAUAAUCUUACUGAAUAUGUAAAUGUAUCUACUACAAAAGGGGAUUGUUUUGCGCACUAUUUUUAUGCGACACCUAUCAACAAUCAAACAUUAAAAUUAUUAAAAAACAAUCAUGUUGAUCGUCUAGCAUGUAUUUACGUUAACAAACGCGAUAACAAAGUGUUGUUCAUACGUUAUGACGGUUUGGCAAAAUCAUUUGAUGACAUUAGAACAGUCAUUUACGAUUACUGGACUAUUAAGGAAGCAAACUUAAUGAUGAAUGACAACAAUAAUAUUGAUUAUUACAUUGAAAAGAUUAAUAGAGAUGAAAUAACACUUAUUGAUACCGACAAAAAUUCUAUGGACGAUUACGAAUACGUCGGGUACGCUCACUGGCGUUACUUUGAUCGGGGGAUUCUGUACUAUGGAACGCGUUAUUUGUCCGAUGAGGGCGUCGUUAGCGCCUUGGAAAACGAUCAAACAAACCGGAACAAGAGAGAUUUUCUUGAAUCUUUCAUUUUAUACGCAACAGUACACGAAAGUGACGUACUGUGGUCACGAAAUCAAAUCAAUGAUUUUGUUAAACACUUUCAUAUUCAAUCAGAAAAUGUUACGGUUGUUUUACCAAUUGAUGAGAACGAAGAUGACAUCGUCGAAGAUCUCUAA